GAACAACAGGUUGACAGUGAUUCAAGUGACAUUAGCUUACCUAGGUCUCCGUCACCUCCCGCUUCAGCCAGCCGAGGUCAACAUCUGAGCAGUUGGCAAAUUGCUCCUGAUAAGAAUUUGGACGCCAUACGGCGAGACAAGGUGAAGCUGAAGAAGUUUGUAGUUGGCUACUUGAAAAGCUACACCAGAUUCAUCACUGAUGCCCAGCAGAAAAUCAUGCAACAGUUCCAGAAACUUGAAAGCUGCCGGCAAGAGGCAUCCACCAGCCAGGUGGAUGCCCCGGCAGCUGAAAGCUGCAUACUCUCAAGGGUGGAAACCCUUGAAGAUUACGAUCGCCUGAAUGCACGAAUAGACGACGGGGUUUUCCGC